CCCGGCGCGAGGCAAGAUGGCGGAGGGGCUGGAGCGCGUCCGCGUCUCGGCCGCAGAGCUGCGGGACAUGGUAGCCGCGCAGGCCCGCGCCGGGGCGGCAGGAGGAGCAGAAAACAUGAAGGAGGUGAAGGAGCCACGGCAUCGCAAAGACAACAGGCGUCCAGAUCUGGAGAUUUACAAGCCUGGCCUCUCCCGACUGAGGAGCAAACUUGUGCCACCAAAGCACGAGGCUUCUGAGAAGGAGAGGAGCGGAGCUGAGGAAGGCAAGGGGGAAAGUGGCCCUUCAGGAGGAGGAUCCUUCAGGAGAAGGGCCUCCAGUCAUGGAGAACUUCAGCAUGGUGACAGCCUCAACCAGAACGGUCCUUCACUGGGAAACAAAGAGGCAGAGACUAAAGGUGGUCUUCAGAGCCAGGAGGACUCGUGCACGCCGCUUGCUGUGGAUGAAUGUUGUGCCAAGACCACAAGGAGAGCCAAGAAACCAGACCAGCAGAUCUAUCAGCCAGGGAAGCGCCUGCAUUUGGUUGCUAAAGAACUUGCCGUACGGCUGGCUACUGAGGAAAUCACCUCUAAAGUGGAACAGCUGAGAGUUGAAGGAGGUGAAGAGACUGAGAAAGGUACUGCAGAAGAUAACAAUAGGAAAACCAAGUCAAGCAAAGAGGAUAGAGAGGGAAGCCAGGCAGGGGACGGAGUGAAAGCCUCUAGGGCAGAUAAAGGAAGACGACUAGAGCGAAGUGACAGGAUGAGGAGGGCACACGAUGAGGUGAUGCAGGGGAAGCUGGGCGCUACAAAGCGGUACUCCCGCUCUGACAAGCGGCGGAGCCGAUACCGCACGUGCAGCACGAGCUCAGCUGGAAGCAACAACAGUGUAGAUGGAAUCCCGCUGGUGGAUGGGAUGGAGAGACGGCAGGAGCGUGCUAGAAUGCGUCCUAGGAAGCAGCUCUCUGCAUCCUCCACUGACUCCUUGGAUGAUGACAGAAUUGAUGAGGCAGAAGCAUAUGCCUCCAACAGGGUUUCAGAUAGGAAAAAGCGUUCAGAGCAGAAUCGAGCUUCUAGGAGUGAAAGUGAGUGGAGCAGCAACGGCAGAGAAGUCAAGGGACACUUCCGAGUCACUUUUGACAGCAAGACUAUGAACAGAGAUAUCAUUCUAGCAGACACAGAUAAAAAAAAUACCCUGAAGGCGUUUUCUAGUUGCAAUGACUCAGAGACUUUGGAGGCAAGGAGCCAGAGCAGAGAGCCCCAGGGGAGGGGCCGUGGGAUUCUGUUCCUGCCUGCCAACACAGACCUCUCCGCCAGCGCUGUGGGCUCCCCUGAACCCAGUCACCCCGGGCCCCGGCUGCUGCUUGGUGGUGCUGGCAGUAAGGGCUCCCGAAGCCGGGGCCGAGGUGGCACCGCUCGCAGGUUGUGGGACCCCAACAACCCGGACCAAAAACCUGCCCUGAAGAGCCAAACCCCACAGCUUCACUUCCUAGACACGGAUGAUGAAGUGAGUCCUACCUCCUGGGCGGAAGCCCGCCAGGCCCAGACGUCCUAUUACAAGUUCCAAAACUCUGACAACCCCUACUAUUACCCUCGGGCUGCUGGCCAAGGUCCGCAGUAUCCUUACGGUGGGUACUCCCUGCAGUAUCCAAUGGGUCCAAGCAAUGGCGUGUACCCAGGAGCCUUUUACCCCGGGUACCCUGGCCAGGCAGGGCAGUACAUGUGCGGCCCACUCACCCCAGCUCCUCUGAGUCCUGAGAUGGAGCAGCAGAUGCGGAACAUGCAGCAGCAGGAGCUCAGCAAACUCCUCCGUGAGGCUGGGAACCAGGAGCAGCAGCUCAGCAAUCUGCUUUCCAGAGACCGCAUCAGCCCAGAGGGGCUGGAGAAGAUGGCCCAGCUGAGAGUGGAGAUGCUGCAGCUGUACGAGCGGUGCAUUUUGAUGGAUAUCGAGUUCUCUGAUACCCAGAAUGUGGACCAGCUGCUGUGGAAGAACGCCUUCUACCAAGUGAUUGAGAAAUUCCGGCAGCUCCUCAAGGACCCUCUGGGGGAAAAUGCCCAAGAAAUUCGGAACAAACUUCUCCAACUUCUGGAUGAGGGCACUUCCUUUUUUGAUGGCUUACUCCAGAAGCUGCAGGUGUCGUACCAGUUCAAGGUGGAGGACUAUAUGGAUGGGAUGGCCAUCCGCUGUAAGCCUCUGCGGAAAAUGGUGAAGUACGCACUGAUCAGUGCCCAGAGGUGUAUGAUUUGUCAAGGGGACAUUUGCCGAUACAGAGAACAAGCAAAUGACACUGCAAACUAUGGAAAGGCACGCAGCUGGUACCUGAAGGCUCAACAAAUUGCUCCCAAAAACGGCCGCCCGUACAACCAGCUGGCACUCCUGGCCAUCUACACGAGGAGAAAGCUGGAUGCUGUCUACUACUACAUGCGCAGUCUGGCAGCUAGUAACCCCAUCCUCACAGCCAAGGAGAGCCUCAUGAGCCUGUUUGAAGAGACAAAACGCAAGGCAGAGCAAAUGGAGCAGAAGAAGCACCAGGUGCUGGAGCUGAGCCCCAGCCAUCGAGGGAAGGGCAAGAAGUCCACGUUGCGACAAGUUGGAGAUGAUGCCACACGGCUGGAGAUCUGGAUUCAUCCUUCCCACCCCCGCUCCUCUCAGGGCCACGAGUCCGGCAGAGAUUCUGAGCAGGACAAUGGUCUUGGGAACCUCAGCCCCAGCGAUCUGAACAAAAGGUUCAUCCUCAGUUUUCUCCAUGCCCAUGGGAAGCUGUUUACCAGGAUUGGGAUGGAGACGUUCCCUGCGGUGGCUGAGGAGGUCCUGAGGGAGUUCCAGGUCCUGCUGCAGCACAGCCCCCCUCCCAUCGGAAGCACCCGCAUGCUCCAGCUCGUGGCAAUCAACAUGUUUGCAGUGUACAACUCCCAGCCCAAAGCAGGGGCCGCCCUCACAGCCAGCAGCAGUGGGCAGGACAAGGACAUGGCUUCGGAGGUCCCCAUGCAUUGGAUCAAAGCAGUUUGCUGUGCUGAGCGUAACGCAGAGUGCAUCUCCGAGGACUGCCGCUCCGUCAUCCAGGAACAGGCCACGGCCCUGGGGCUCUCCAUGUUUGCACUCCUGGUGAGGAGGUGCACCAAUCUGCUGAGAGAAUGCGUGCAAGUUCAGCCACAAGAGGAGGAGCAGGAGGAUGAGGAGGAUGACAUCAAGGUCUCUGCCUUGCCCCAGGACCUGAAGGAGCUGCUCCCCAGUGUGAAGGUCUGGUCGGACUGGAUGCUUGGCCACCCGGACACCUGGAAUCCUCCACCAACCUCCCUCGAGCUCCCCAAACAGGUCUCAGUAGAUGUGUGGGCGACGCUGGCUGACUUCUGUAACAUACUGACCGCAGUGAAUCAGUCGGAGGUGCCCUUGUACAAGGACCCAGAUGACGACCUUGCCCUGCUCAGCCUGGAAGAGGAUCGGCUGCUCUCGGGCUUCGUUCCCCUGCUGGUCGCCCCCCAGGAGCCCUGCUACGUGGAGAGGACCUCGGACAAGGUUAUUGCAGCCGACUGCAAGAGGGUCACAGUUCUGAAGUAUUUCCUGGAAGCCCUUUGUGGACAAGAAGAGCCUUUGCUGGCAUUCAAGGGUGGAAAAUAUGUGUCAGUGGCACCCGUCCCAGACGCCAUGGGAAAGGAAAUGGGAAGCCAAGAGGGAAAACAACUGGAAGAUCAGAAGGAAGAUGAUGUGAGGAUUGAGGCAUUUGAAGAUGACUCAGAGGCUGAAGGCAGCGGAGGAGAGAUGGACAUCAAGGAACUCCGAGCCAAGAAGCAAGCGCUGGCCAGGAAGGUGGCAGAGCAGCAGCGUCGGCAGGACAAGAUUCAGGCCGUGCUGAAAGACCAGAGUCAAAUGAGGCAGAUGGAGCUGGAGAUAAGACCUGUCUUCCUGGUCCCGGACACCAACGGCUUCAUCGACCACCUCAGCAGCUUGAUAACGCUGCUGGACUGCAGGAAGUUCAUCCUGGUGGUGCCCCUGAUCGUGAUAAACGAGCUGGAUGGCCUGGCCAAAGGCCCGGAGAUGGAGCACCGGGCUGCAGGCUAUGCCCGCCAAGUGCAGGAGAGAGCCAGGAAGUCCAUCGAGUUCCUGGAGGAGAGGUUUGAGGGCCGUGACAACUGCCUGAGGGCUCUGACCAGCCGAGGCAAUGAGCUGGAGUCCAUCUCCUUCCGCAGUGAAGACACCACUGGCCAGCAGGGAAACAACGACGACCUGAUUCUGUCCUGCUGCCUCCACUACUGCAACGACAAGGCCAAGGAUUUCAUGCCCUCUAACAAAGACGAUCCCAUCCGGCUGCUCCGCGAGGUGGUUCUGCUGACGGACGACCGCAACCUGCGAGUCAAAGCGCUGACCCGCAACGUGCCCGUGAGGGACAUCCCCACCUUCCUCAAAUGGGCCCAGGAGGGCUGAGGGGGCCGAGCAGGGAGGAGAGCCCCUGAGUGAGUAACGCAGAGUGUUGCGGUGGGAGACGGGCUCCGCAGGCAGCCCUCACCGCCACCGCCUUCCAGCCCACAAUGAACAAUAAACGCCACGUCUUCAACCCACCCCACAUGGCCGUGCUGCGAAGGGCCCCCCCCCGGGGGGUGCAGGCGAGCUGGGAAGGUCAUUGCCGUGGAUGGUUCACGUGGAAGCUGGGACGUUGAGUGUCCCCGUGGCCUUCGGGCGGUGCUGGAGCAGAGCUGGAGAGCCCUGCUGUGUAGGGAAGCUUUGGGUGACCCCGUGCCGGAUCGCCGGCCUUUCGCUUGGUUUGCUUGGUUGCAGAGAGCUCACGUCGUGAGUUGGUGUCUCUUCGGGUUUGUAGGCUGUACAGGGCACAGAUUGGGGACGCAACGGUGCAGACUUUGGGAUUGCUUGGUCUCGCUCGGCCCCAAGAGCUGAGCCUUUGGGAGAUGCUGUGGACUUCAAGGGCAGGUCCCCCCCUGCCCAGCUGUGUGCCCCGCACUCUCCAUCGUCCCUUCCCAGCCUGUUCCUCCUGCACGUCUCAGGCUGCGUUGGUUCCCCAUCCCAUCCCCGCUACCAGCCCACAGAGGGGAACGCUGCCUGCUGCUUGCAGAGAUGCUCAUCCUCUCUCUGGUGCAGGGUUUGCUUUUUCGGUUUCAUUUCAGACUUCAGCAUAGGAUCGUUUUCAGGUGUGUGCCCUGCCUGCUUUGUGGGGGAGGAGGGCUUUGAACACCCCCGACCCCCCCACAGCUGCUUUCUGUUCUGCUCCCCUCCCACAACAGACGUUACCUGUUCCCACCUCUCUUCCCCUACCCCUGCUUACCACACUGCUACUUUUAGCCACGUUUUCAGCCCAGGGAUCAGCGUGAGGUCAGCAAAGCCCUCCAAGUCCCCGAGGAACCCAGGACAGGCUGUUUGGGGACAGGCCUGGUGAAGCCUGGGCAGUGCCUGGCCCCGAGCCCAGCUGUGAGGGUCCCCUCUUGAGUCACCCCGAGCCCUGCAGGGACGCCGCUGUCUCCCGCACCGCAUCACGUUGUCCCCACCACCAAGCCCUCAUCCCCAUGGCACUCCAGACACAGAAGCCACGAGGGAGCGUUUGCCCAUGAACUGGCAUCCCUGGAGCUCUGUCACACCUCACUCCCAUCAGCAGAGCGCGGGACUGACCCCAGGGCCACCUCCGGUUCCCACCGGCUCACUGCAGAGGAUGCAGCAGGACCGAGCUCAGUGUUCUCCUUUCCUGCGUGGGUGGCUCAGGCCUGGCGUCUGCAACAGAGCACGUUCAAGGAGGAAGCUCACUGUCACCCGUGCCACGGUGAGGACCAAAGCGGGGCUCAGGGCCUGAGCGGCGCACAUGGACAAGCAGCAGUUGUGCUCACCUGUACCAUACACGCGUCCUGGCACAGGGCUCAGCGCGGGUGCAGAACUGCAUGGUGCAGACUUGGGGUGCCCAGGCAGCGCAGCCGCCCGCAGGGUGGCACACGGAGUGGUCGCAGGUUAACGCGAGCACCCAGACCCCAGCUCGUGCCGCGCAGCGCUGGGCGGAAGCAGCGUGCAGAAUCCUCAAAGCUGAGUGCAUUGGAAAUGUGUUCUCACCGCCCUGCACGCUGUGCUGGAUGCCCACCCCACGGGGGGCUCACUGGGCAGCACAGCGUGGUCUCACGGGGCUGAGUGCACCGGGGCCACCUGCGCCAGCCCUUCGGUGGGGAGGUGGUCGCGUUCGGGUGAUUUUGUUAAGAUGGUUUUAAUCAUUUUUAGUAUUAAACACUUGUCUGUGCA